AUCGAACUCAUACUAGUAUGCACUGUGUAUACCUUGUUGGUUGCUUGGCCAAUACCCACUAUACUCAAUUUGUUUUGUCUACUCCAAGAAGUCCUAAGCCAUCUCCACAUGAAAAUGAGAAAGGAAUACACCGCGUGCGAUAUCCAUCCCAGAGGCAAUUACAUUUUGAUAGAGUCACAAAGAACUAAACUUUGACACUGUUGGGUGGAG